CUCUACGUCGGUAAUCUUUCGUUCGAUACGCAGGAAGGCUCGGUCCGACAAGCGUUCGAGCAAUACGGUACCGUGUCGGAUUGUUUCUUGCCGACGGACCGUGAUUCUGGGAGAGUCCGUGGCUUUUGCUUCGUCACAAUGCCGGCCAAACAAGCGGAAGAAGCCUGUGCCAAGUUGAACGGCUACGAACUCGACGGACGUGCUCUCCGAGUUAACGAAGCCCAGCCAAAG